UUAAUUCCAAAAUGCAAGGGCCCCUCUAAUGGAAGCUUUCUCUAGUCCCCAUGCAUUUUGAUCGCUUCUUAAACCCAACUACAACUUGUUUCUUUUGUGGGGUUAGCUCCAAUGGAGGUUUUUAGAUACCUGUUCUUCAAUGUUCUUGUGUUCUUCCUUCUUUGUGUAGCGGCAUCCGCCACCGAUCGUUACACCGAAGCACUCUUCACCUUGAAAUCUGAAUUUCUCGAUGAUUUUGGCAGUUUGAGCGAUUGGAUUAUACCUUCUAAACAAAACCCAUCUGGGAAAAUCCAUGGCUGUUCUUGGUCAGGAAUCAAAUGCGACAAGGAUUCCACCAUUGUUAUCGGAAUCAACCUCUCGAUGAAGAACCUUGGUGGGGCGAUUUCCGGUGAGCAGUUUCAUGUUUUUAAAGAACUCGUUGAUCUUAACCUAAGCCAUAACUAUUUUUCUGGGAAACUCCCCAUUGGUAUCUUCAAUCUCAGUAACCUAAGAAGCUUGGAUAUCAGUAGAAACAAUUUUUCUGGUCAUUUUCCUGUUGGGAUAUCUGUUCUUGAAAAUUUGGUUGUUCUUGAUGCUUUUAGCAAUAGUUUUUCUGGGUCAUUACCUGUUGAUCUUCCUGAGCUUGAACAUUUAAAGUUCCUCAACUUAGCUGGUAGCUACUUCAAUGGAUCAAUCCCUUCAGAAUAUGGCUCUUUCAAAAGCCUUGAGUUCAUCCAUCUUGCAGGGAACUUCCUUACUGGAAACAUACCCCCUGAAUUGGGUAAGCUCAAAACAGUGACCCAUAUGGAAAUUGGCUACAAUAAUUACCAUGGAAGGCUCCCAUGGGAGCUUGGCAACAUGAGUAGCCUUCAAUAUCUAGACAUUGCUGGUGGGUAUCUAUCUGGUUCAAUUCCUAAACAGCUUGGUAAUCUAACAAAACUUGAAUCUCUGUUCCUCUUUAGAAACCAGUUUUCUGGGUUCUUGCCUGAUGAACUGAGCCAAAUCUCAUCUCUGGUUAGCUUAGAUCUCUCUGAUAAUCAUAUUUCUGGGCCAAUUCCUGAAAGCUUUUCAAAGUUUAAGAAUCUUAAACUGCUUAGUCUUAUGUAUAAUGAAAUGUCUGGCUCUGUUCCAAUGAGUAUUGCAGAGCUUCCUUCAUUGGAGACUCUUUUUAUAUGGAACAAUCAGUUCUCUGGGCCACUUCCAAGCCAUUUGGGUAGCAAUAGAAAGCUUAAAUGGGUGGAUGUGUCCACAAACAAGUUUGUGGGUGAUAUCCCUGUUGAUAUCUGUUUAGGAGGUGUUCUUUUUAAGUUGAUACUCUUUUCAAAUAAGUUUAGUGGUGGUGUUUCCCCUUCUCUAUCGAAUUGUUCGUCGCUCGUUCGAUUGCGGUUAGAGGAUAACUCGUUUUCGGGUGAUAUCUCUCUGAAAUUUAGUCGUCUUCCUCGUAUCUCAUACGUCGAUCUCUCUCGGAACAAGUUUAGUGGAGGGAUUCCUUUAGAUAUGAGCAAAGGAUUCGACCUUCAAUACGUUAAUAUCUCUCAUAACCCAGAACUUGGAGGUGUUGUUCCUACAGAGAUAUGGACAUUACCUCUUCUUCAAAACUUUUCAGCUUCUGAUUGUGGCAUAAGAGGAAGCCUUCCCAAGUUUCAUCUCUGUAAAUCCAUUUCUACUAUUGAAUUGAGUGAUAAUAAUCUAUCUGGAGAUGUCCCGGAAAGCGUUGUAAGUUGCCAGGCUCUUGUGCGGAUGGAUUUGUCAUUCAACAAUCUCUCGGGUCGUAUACCGGAAGAACUUGCACGUCUUCCUUCUAUUAGCAUCAUUGAUCUAUCCCAUAAUGGUUUCAAUGGAUCGAUACCUGAUAAGUUCCGGGAUUUGUCGAGCUUGCUUCUACUAAAUGUCUCUUCUAAUGAUAUCUCCGGUUCCAUCCCGGAAAACGACGUGUUUCGGUUAAUGGGAAGGAGUGCAUUUGCUGGAAAUCCUAAGCUGUGUGGAGCACCUUUGAGGCCAUGUUCGGGUUCAUUGGCAAUGUUGGGAAGUAAAGGGACGGGGAAGCUUAUACUCGUCCUGAUACUAUGUGCAGGUCUUGCUAUAAUCACGACGAUAUCGAUUGCAUGGAUUUUUGUCUUUCGACGACGAAGCAAAGGAAAAUGGAAGAUGGUGUCGUUCUCUGGACUUCCUCCAUUCACAGCUAAUGAUAUUCUUAGGAGCUUUGACGCUACGGAAUCGAAGGAAGCAAUAUUGCCAUUGUCUGCUUCGAUAUUCAAAGCAGUUCUGCCGACUGGAAUCACAGUGUCGAUAAAGAAGAUAGACUGGGAAGCGAAACGAAUGAGGACGAUGUCGGAUUUCAUAACUCGAUUAGGUAGUACGAGGCACGAGAAUCUGGUUAGAUUGCUCGGAUUCUGCUACAACAAACAGAUGGUUUAUCUUUUAUAUGAUUACUUUCCCAAUGGAAAUCUAGCAGAGAAAAUUGCUAUCAAAAGGGAAUGGCCAACUAAGCUCAAUCUAGUAAUAGCUAUAGCAAGAGGACUACACUUUCUUCACCAUGACUGUUAUCCUGCAAUCCCACAUGGUGACUUGAGGUCGAGUAACGUCAUAUUCGACGAAAAUAUGGAACCCCAUCUAGCGGAAUUCGGGCUCCGGUUUCUACAACAGAUUAACGAAGGUGAAUUCAAUAGUGCAACGGAGGAGGAGCUGUGGAUGGAUGUUCAUAGUUUCGGGGAGAUCGUCCUGGAAAUUCUAAGCAACGGUCGGUUGACAACCGCGGGAUCGAGCACACAGAACAAGGCGAGAGAUCUUCUGCUAAGAGAAAUAUACAAAGAAAAUGGGAUUAGCUGUGCAGAUUCAUCACAGGAAGAGGUAAAACAGGUGCUUGGUGUAGCUUUGCAAUGCAGUAGGAGCAGGCCAUCCAACAGGCCAUCCAUGGAAGAUGUGUUGAAGCUGUUAUCAGAUGUAAAACCAAAGGUAAAAUAGUAAAAUUUUGAACCAAGAAUUUGUGUUCUUACUCUUGGCUUCAUUUUUACCCCUCCAAAAUAGUAUAAAUUGUAGUUUUGUAAGUAGUAAUCUUAUAGUACUAGUGGUUUGGAUGUAUACUAUUUAUAUUAAAGUCGGUCUAUUCUAUAAAUGCUCGGUUUUCUGCUA